ACAUGAACCAUCCUUGUGACGUCACUGUAAACAAACAUGGCGGACCCUCGGUGGCUCUUCAGCUUCACAACUCAAAGCGGUGAUAAAACUCUGCCCAGAGCGGGACCGGGUCCAUGUGGAGCAGGAGACCGAGCCCUGAGUCCAUGAAGCUCCUGGGGGACACCUGGGACUCCUGAGACCCGUCACGUGCGGCGGGUUCAGGCGGGAAACACACGUCUGAAUGUGACACCUGUCCAGGCUCCGUUACCAAGGCAACGACAUCCACUGUUAGCUAGCUGUGCUGUUAGCUUAGCUAGCCAAAGAAAACACAAAUAUAAACCACACCACUCUUUGUCUCUCUGUCGACUCCAGCCCUUUAUUUGACUUUAACAACCACAGCUCUCUGACUGGACCUGGUUCUGGACUCAUACGGUCUCCGUUCGGUCCGGUUCAGUCCGGUUCUGGUCCCGUAGACAUGGAGCAGUACAACAUACUGGGUCGGAUCGGUGAAGGAGCUCACGGCAUCGUGUUCAAGGCCAAACACAUCGAGACCGGGGAGACGGUGGCGCUGAAGAAGGUCGCUCUGAGGAGGCUGGAGGACGGCAUCCCAAACCAGGCUCUGAGGGAGAUCAAGGCCCUGCAGGAGAUCGAGGACAACCAGCACGUGGUGAAGCUGAAGGACGUCUUCCCUCACGGGACGGGCUUCGUCCUGGUCUUUGACUUCAUGCUGUCCGACCUCUCGGAGGUCAUCAGGAACUCCGAGCGACCUUUGACCCCGGCUCAGGUCAAAGGUUACAUGAUGAUGCUGUUGAAGGGCGUGGCCUUCCUGCAUCACAACAACAUCAUGCAUCGGGACCUGAAGCCAGCGAACCUCCUCAUCAGCUCUUCAGGUCACCUGAAGAUCGCAGACUUCGGUCUGGCCCGUCUGUUCAGUGAUCGGGGGGACAGACUGUACAGCCACCAGGUGGCCACCAGGUGGUACAGAGCUCCAGAGUUGCUGUAUGGAGCCAGAAAGUACGACGAGGGAGUGGACCUGUGGGCGGUGGGCUGUAUUUUCGGGGAGCUCUUGAACUCGUCUCCUCUGUUUCCCGGAGAGAAUGACAUCGAACAACUCUGCUGCGUCCUCAGAGUGCUGGGAACCCCGACACAGGAGAGCUGGCCUGAGAUCGUCGAGCUGCCAGAUUACAAUAAAAUCACCUUUAAGGAGAAUCCUGCGAUCCCAUUGGAGGAGAUCGUCCCCGACACGAGUCCUCAGGCCGUCCACCUCCUCUACAAGUUCUUAGUGUACCCAUCCAAACAGCGCUGCUCCGCCCCACAGGCUCUCCUCCAUCCGUACUUCUUCUGCUCUCCUCUUCCUGCUCAUCACUCAGAGCUGCCCAUCCCUCAGAGGGGGGGCCGUCCCCCCCGCCAGCGCCUGCAAGCUCCGCCCCCUGACUUCUCUCUGGACCUGCCCCUGCAGAGCAGCGUGGUAGACCCCGCACUGCUGACGGAGCAUGCCUCCUGCCUGUAGAACAGACUGUAGACGGAGGCUGUUUGUUUGUUUGUUUGUUUGUUUGUUUGUUUGUUUGUUUACACUGGUUGUUUACACUGGUUGUUUACACUGGUUGUUUACUCCGCAGUGACUCAUGAUGUUUUAUAAUAAAAUGAAUGCAGUGA